AUGCUCGGAUUUCCAAUGUUCAGCCCAGAGACACCUGACGCCUGGAAGAUGAAUACCCCCUACUUUCCUUUUGUUUCCUCGGGUGUCUUCUCUGCAUCGAUACCAUCAUCACCCACCAAUAUAGAAGCUGCGAGUACUUCACAGUCUGAAACAAGCUUUCUGGACAAGGAAAAGAUUGUUCGAGGACCACUUGACUACCUUCUUAAAUCACCUGGGAAGGAUAUUCGUCGCAAAUUCAUCCACGCAUUCAACGAGUGGCUGCGCAUCCCAGAAGAGAAAUUGAAUAUCAUUACAGAGAUUGUUGGAUUGCUCCACACAGCUUCCCUACUAAUCGAUGACAUUCAGGACAAUUCCAAACUUCGACGCGGCCUCCCAGUGGCCCACAGCAUCUUCGGCAUUGCCCAGACCAUCAACUCUGCUAAUUAUGCGUACUUUUUGGCGCAGGAGCGGCUCCGCGAACUGAAUCAUCCCGAAGCGUACGAAAUAUACACCGAAGAACUGCUCCGUCUGCACCGCGGUCAAGGUAUGGACUUGUACUGGCGGGAUUCUCUGACCUGUCCCACAGAGGAGGACUAUAUCGAGAUGAUCGCAAAUAAGACGGGUGGCCUUUUCCGACUGGCUAUCAAGCUUAUGCAGUUGGAAACUGAAACAAAAAGGCAAGUCUAUGUCAUCGAGCUAGCAGAUUUGUUGGGGGUGAUCUUUCAGAUUCGAGAUGAUUACCAAAAUUUGCAGAGCGGACUAUACACGAAGAACAAGGGAUUCUGUGAGGAUUUGACGGAGGGCAAAUUUUCCUUCCUGAUCAUCCACAGUAUCCACAGUAACCCGAAUAAUCAUCAUCUGCUGAAUAUAUUGCGGCAACGGAGCGAAGACGAUUCGGUGAAGAAGUAUGCUGUGGAGUAUAUCGACUCGACAGGGAGUUUCGAAUAUUGUCGGGAACGGCUCGCUUCCUUGUUGGAAGAGGCGGAUCAUAUGGUCAAAGAGCUAGAGAGUCAGGUUGGACAUUCGAAGGGGAUCUACGAAAUAUUGAGCUUUUUGUCGUAA